CAGAACAGCCUCCAAGAGACCCUUGGGCCUGUCUAGCUCCCGACACUCCACUCCACCCACCAGGAACAUGAAGGUCUACGCAAGCGCCUGUGCAAUGGCUCUCUUGCUUCUCGUUGCCCUGUGCUCCCAGACCCUCUCAGCUCCAGUGAGCGCUGAUCCCCCAACUUCCUGCUGCUUUAGCUAUACGGCAAAGAAAAUCCCACGCCACUUGGUGGCAAAAUACUACGAAACCAGCAGCAGGUGUUCUCAACCAGCUGUGGUGUUUGUUACACUGAAAAACCGGGAGAUCUGUGCCAACCCCACGGAGAAAUGGGUCCAAGACUACAUGACAUACUUGGAAAUGAACUGAGUGGAGCUGGGAUGGAGCCACUUCCAGUGGGGUCAAAGGCUGAAGGGUGUUGUGUGUCCAUAAAAUUUCCCGUCAAGUCAAGCAAAAGUAUUACCUAGAAGUCUGCACUGCCAUUUUUCCAGUGGGGGAGGCUGUUGUUACAUAUUGACCGACUCAGGGAUUUGUGAUAUUUAUUUAAGUUGUUUUGCCCAAGCUGAGACUAUCAUUCCUAUUAAUUAUUAUAUUUAAGUGAGCGGCCUUUUUAAAUGUUAUGUGUGUAUUUAUAUGUGUCUAUAUGUUGUGUGAAAUGGAAUAAAC